AUCUGGUAAAUUGAACCUCUUGUAUUUUCUAUUACUCAAUUUAUUAAAAAUCAGCAAUCGGAUUUCUUAUUCAUCUAUGCCUUUUAGGUUGUACCGCACUGUCUUAUGAGGCAAAUACAGUACUAGACGUGAAUUUUCCAAUUAAUAUAAAUCAAAGCGAAGCUGUAUCCACCGCAUUUGACGACAAACGUUCAGAAAACCUCGGAGACGUCACAUCGUUAUGCAAACAAUUAAUUGCAUACUGUUGGACUGCAAGCAAUAUUGUUAAUAUUUCGCUGUAUUUUUUGGUUGAAUUUUAGGCUUAGGCCUAGAAAUGGAGAACCACAUGCAUAGUCAAUAUGACGUUGAUUCAAAUCGAUGGCUGGUGCCGUGUUUUCUUAUGUUUGAUUGUGUGACAGUGUUGUGCUUAGCUGGACUGGUUUACUUUUUUGGGUUUACUGAACAUUUUGAGCCCGCGUCUCGAGGUUUCUUUUGUCAUGAUACUGCGCUUAGUAUGCCCCUUCCAAAAGAUGAAGUAGCACCGGAAUAUGCUCUCUAUACAACUGCUUUUCUGGUUCCUAUUGUAAUAGUCGUCAUAGCAGAGACGUGCAUCGCUUUGAAACCAAAUUCUAAACAGCAAUUAUCGCUCUAUGGUCAAAAAAACAUCAGAAGUUGUAACAUACAUUUGAAAACUGUGUUAAGGAGGAUAAUUCGCUUUACAGGUAUCAGUUUAUUUGGAGGUUUAGUCACAUGGUUAAUGACGAUCGGCUUACAGUUGGUGACCGGACAGCAAACACCGUUUUUUAUUGCCGCCUGCAAACCAAAUUGGUCGCUUUUAAAUUGUAGUGAAUUUGUGACAAACUACACUUGUACAUCUUCAGAUAUGGAUCUCUCAAGAAAAGCAAGAUUUAUCUGGGCACGGUUGGCAGAAUACGGUGUACUCGUCUUCUUUCGCCUAUUUUCGGAUGCGGUCUCGUUUCAGUUGCGUUGCUGUUAUGCGCUUCACGCGUUUCGUCGUACAGGAAUCACUGGAGUGACGUCAUAGGAGGCUUUAUAUUAGGCGCUUCAGUUGCAGCCUAUUUGUGCGUGAGUGUUUUACGGUGUUUCUUUGAGAACUCAGAUGGACACUCGUAUCCCGUUGACGAGAUGCUCUCAUUUCCUAUAAUGCGUCUGCCUCGAGCCACCAUCACGCCUCCCACAUUUCCAGUUCCACCUACUAUUCCUACGAAUGAUGCCCCAGCUUAUAUGAACCCGUCCUUCGCCUUAUAUGGACAACAAUGAUCUAAAAUCUUUCCGUUUGUGGAGGAAACUAUGUCACGUGAUUCAUAUUACAUUCACAGAUUGAUUACACCUUAGCUUGACGAGCAGAAAACGGAUGGUUGACUUGUUAAUCCAGAGUUGAAAGGUCAACAAGAAGCCAGGAAAUUACGUCAACAAAUUGUGACAAGAUCAGUGCAACAUAGAGAAUUCAGGAUAUAACAAAAUGCGCUUAAUAUUAUCGACUUGGCCAAACAAUUGUACAUUAUGAUAGGAGAUGUAGUCAUUUUCAUCAAGGCCGGACCAAUAAUGACCCGGACCACCAAGAAAAUUUGAUUGUAAUGAUAAAAGAGUCAUAAUUAAAGGAUCUCAGAAUGAGUAGGCCUUCCUACCCCUUACGCAAAAGCAAAAUUUUCCACUCAAUUACUGUGAGUAAUAUUACUAAAAAUAGACUUGUCGAUACCUGAUGCAAUGUGAAAUAAAUUUUACUAUAGAUACGCUGCGAAAGGAAAAUGUGGCCUACAGAAGUGUUGAUGUAUAGCCUAUAUAGUUUCAUAUAUAUUAUUACUAUUGUUAUAGUAGCUGUUGUCAU